AACACUGUCUCUGCUGACCUGUAGGCGGCAGUAAUGAGCCGCCACGCGUCCAGGCUGCCGGAAGGAGACAAGAGGAACUUCCGGGUGUUCAGGUGACAGGUGGAUGUUGUUUUGCUGCGGGUCAAAUCAAUCAGGGACGAAUAUAACUCCUUUAAAUCAUUUCUCCCGUUAUUUUACCGGGACGUGAAUGUGUUCAGUUGCAUCUGUGAUAUCCGUCCACCGGAUCUCAGCCACGGUCCUCCCGCAGUUUGUCCCCGCACCGACCCUCUGAUGGCCUCCAGGCGGCCGGACAGCUUCGACGGGCUCGGCUCCCGCGGCCGCGACGACCCGCUGUACGGAGCGAGCUACCCGGUCAGAAGCGCCGGAGGCCCCGCGGAGCUGCAGCACCACCACUGGGUCACCACGCCGCCGGACAUCCCCGGCAGCCGCAACCUGCACCACGGAGAGCGCACACCUCACUACGACGAGCCGCUGGGAGAGCCCGGAGGUCCCGCAGCCGGCUGGGACGCUCCGCAGCCAGGUGUACCGCCUGCCGAGCAGCUGAAUCGGUUCGCAGGCUUUGGAAUCGGACUCGUCAGUCUGUUCACAGAGAACGUCCUCGCUCACCCCUGUAUCGUCUUCCGCAGACAGUGUCAGGUGAACUACCACGCCCGCUGUUACCACCUGACUCCGUUCAGCGCUGUCGCCGUCAUGUACAGCAUCACCAAGGCUCAGGGUCCGAAGGCUCUGUGGAAGGGGAUGGGCAGCACCUUCAUCGUUCACGGCAUCACGCUGGGCGCCGAGGGCAUCAUCAGCGAGUUCACACCGUUACCACGGGAGCUUCCUCACAGGUGGAGCUGGAAACAGCUGGCUGGACAUUUACUGCUUAAAGGGUUGACAGCUGUGGUGGCUCUUCCGUUUUACUGCGCCAGCCUCAUCGAGACCGUCCAGAGCGAGAUCGUCCGCGACGACGCGUCGGCCGGUCUGCUGGAUUGCGUCCGUGAGGGUUUGACUCGGCUGUUGGGCGUCGGCGCUCCUCACAGCCGUCGCCUGCUUCCUCUCAGCUCUCUGCUGCUUCCCGCCGCGCUGCACGCCGUGCUGCGAUACGCCAUCGCCACCUCCGUCCAGCGGGCGGCGCUGUGGCUGCACCAGCGGGGCAGGAAGCAACGGGCGGACGCGUCCAACCCGCUGGAUGCCUACUUCCCUGAGCUGGCGGCGGCGUGGGCGGGGUCUCUGGUGGCUGACGUCGUGCUGUUUCCUCUGGAGACGGCGCUGCACCGCCUCGGCCUACAGGGCACGCGCACCAUCAUCGACGCCACCGACGGCAUGGUCGCCGCGGGAAACGGCGGCAGCCCACUGGUCCUGCCCGUCAACUCGCAGUACGACGGCUUCUCCGAAUGCCUCCACGCCAUCCGCCGCAAGGAGGGCGUGGGCGGGUUUUACCGCGGCUUCGGAGCGCUGGCGGCGCAGUACGCGCUGCACGGGGCGCUGCUGGCCGCGGCCAGGACUCUGCUGAGGCUGCUGCUGCUGGAGGGCAGGGCCAGCUAGAGGCGUUACCAUGGAGAUGCAGCAUCACUUCCUGUACAGAGGUCAGCUGUCGCCACAUCUCAUCCAUCGAUUCUUUUCCGCCGAGUACGAUUAUUGCUGUCACCAUGACGACAAAACGCUUCUCGCUUUCCUUUUAAACAGAUGAAGUGAAGUUUUGUUUUGUCGUGGCGGCCGAGUGCGACGCCAAAAUAAUAAUAAUGAGGUUAGAAACAGGAAACGCUUUUAAUUUGUCCAAACAGUCGAACUCUAAAUAAAAACACAAAUCAAACUUCAGAGACGUCGUUCUGUCACUUUAAUGAAGUGAUCAUGUGACUGUUCACGUUUACAGGACUUCACACACAAACACGCUGACAGCUGCUUAGCAACCACCCGUUACCUAACGACAACAUCACAGAAAACACCUAGCAACCACUUAGCAACGCCAUAGCAACCAACUGAAAUCCCCUUGCAAGCACUUGGUGCUGACCUAGCAACCACCUGUAGUUGACAUAGCAACCACCUGUAGUUGACAUAGCAACCACCUGUAGUUGACCUAGCAGCCUCCCAAAAUUACAUAACAACCAACAGGAACACCCUAACAACCACCUGUUCCCAUCCUAGCAACUGUCAAGAACGCCAUAGCAACCAAAGAGCAGCCACUUCGUGCUGCCAUAGCAACCAGUGGAAAAGCUCUAGCAACUGCGAGGAACCGACUCACACUUCAACUCCUUUCAGUUCUUAUAGUUCGGCUGGUGUCAGAGCGUAGACGUUAACUGAUGUUUCACCUGAAACACCUCAACUCCUUUCAGUGCUAACAUGUUGUUCAUUUCUUUAAUCCUUCCGUCCUUUACACUUUUGCCAGCAAUCGCACCAAAUUUUCUUUAGCAGAAAGCUCCAGGUCAUGUGUAGCCUAGCUUAGCACAAAGACUGGAAGCAGGGGGAAACUGUUAGCCUAGCUUAGCACAAAGACUGGAAGCAGGGGGAAACUGUUAGCUCCAUCUAAACCGAAACACCACCAGGUCGGAUUUAUGAGUUGCCUCUAAAAGGCGUCGCUUCCCGCCUUCAAACUAAAAGCUGUUGCGGUCGUGUGUUGCCAUGGAAACGUAGUGUCACUUCCUUUUCCAGCAUAAAAGCAUGAACUCGUGAACCUGUGUGAAAAAUAAAAGGUUUGUGUUUAAAUACUAACAGCUUAUUGGUCGCCUACAGUCCAGCUGCUGCAGAUCGAUCGGUGCGUGCAGAUCGAUCGGUGUGUGCAGAUUGAUCGGUGUGCGUGCAGAUUGAUCGGUGUGCGUGCAGAUUGAUCGGUGCGCGCGUAUUGAUCGGUGCGUGCGUAUUGAUCGGUGAUCUGAUACACAUGAAUACCUUCAGAGAAAAGAAACAUCAGCCAACAGCGAAUUACAGAAACCACUUUUUAUUUGUACAAAGUUGUAAAAAUGAAACAAAGUUCUAUGUAUUAAAAGAAAUGUAGAGUUAGAUUAAAUUAUGUGAUUCAUAAAUAUUUAAAUCAAUAUUAAAUCAAAUGAGUUAGAAUAAAUUCAUCAGUUAAAGGCUGAAUUUGGUGAUUUGUCAAAAUAAAUGUUUGGAGAAAAGCCGAUUUUAUUCACAUCAAACUGUUGAAGACGAAAAUGUGAAAAAGAUUAAAAAGUGUGUUUUCCUUUUUUAAAUCACUGAUUCUGCACGUGUUUAUUUUGUUUUUGUUGUAAAUGUCACGUUUGCUGUCGAAAUAAAAUCUCUGAACUGAG